ACGAUCCAUGGUGAAAAGUCCAUCCUACCCCUGUGGCCCAACCGACGAGUGGACCAGCUAGUUUAUGGCCGGCACACGUUCACUGUGGACCCACAUGAUAAGAGGCCUGGAUCGAUCACACGUGUGCCCCAAAUCACAUUUUCAUUUUAAACAAAACCCUCAAAGCGUGCUAACAAAGGACCUCAGCUGCUCUACCGCCACCGGUGGUUUCAUCCCUCUCUUCUCUCUGCAACGGAGAUGAGACUAAAAAGGGUAAGAGAGGGAAAGGAAACCUCAAAAAUGCCACGAAAACCCUACAAAAACCCCAGCUUCUCUUCCGCCUUCUGAAAUUCAAAAGGUCGAAACUACCCUCGACAUUUCUGAAAAAAUGCCCAGCUACUCCCCAUUUCUACGCUGCUUUCUCCUCAGACCCAACACCUCUCCUCUCUUCGCUAUGUCUCUCCGCCUUCCUUCUCUCCGCCCAAACCCUAAAAGCCCUAUAUUGCCGUUCCCCUCCACCGUCCGUUUCGGUGGGACCUACUGCAUCACCCAGCGCCGCCGUCGACCCUCUGCCAUUGUUGCUGCUGCCUCCUCUCCUUCGGACGUCUCGGCGCAGACCCGGUCGCUCGAAUUCAAUUGGCGGGAAAUCCAGGGCGGGGCCUUGAAUUCAAAUGAUGAUUUCAUGUUCCUGAAGCAGCCGACCAGGCAAUUUGGACGGUAUGCUUACGAUGAUUACUCCGAGGAUGAGUCUGAUGUGGAUUCUUCGUCGUCGUCAUCGUCGUCACAGUUGGGUGCUUCCACCGUUGAUAAUGUUGAUGAGUGGAAGUGGAAGUUAAGCAUGCUUGUUCGCAACAAGAAUGAGCAAGAGAUAGUGUCAAGGGAGAAAAAAGACAGACGUGAUUAUGAGCAACUUGCAGCGAUGGCCACCAGAAUGGGUUUGUAUUGCCGUCAAUAUCAAAGGGUCGUUGUGUUUAGUAAGGUCCCGCUACCAAAUUACAGAUCUGAUCUGGAUGAUAAGCGCCCUCAGAGGGAGGUGAGCCUUCCUGCCAGCUUGCACAGAGGCGUUGAUGAUUUACUUAGAGAACACCUUGCUCGAAAGCCUAGUGACAAAGGAAGCUUUCCUGGUAUUACCUUUUCGGGAUCUGGCAGCAAUGGCAGAAAUGCUACAAGUGGAGGGCUUUUUGAGCAACAAGAGCCUCAAAAACCAGUUAGUGUUGUCAUGGAGAGAAUCCUAAGGCGGAAGAGUUUGCAGCUGCGUGAUCAACAGCAGAAUUGGCAGGAAUCUCCUGAAGGGCAAAAGAUGCAAGAGUUUCGCCGAAGUCUUCCUGCGUACAAAGAAAAGGAUGCAUUAUUAACGGCCAUUUCACAAAAUCAGGUUGUCGUUGUCUCAGGUGAAACUGGUUGUGGUAAGACAACACAGCUUCCUCAGUACAUCCUAGAAUCUGAGAUAGAAGCUGACCGUGGAGCAGCCUGUAGUAUAAUUUGCACUCAGCCAAGAAGAAUAUCUGCUAUGGCUGUUUCCGAAAGAGUUGCUGCUGAGAGAGGAGAGAAAUUGGGUGAAUCUGUUGGUUAUAAAGUUCGGCUAGAGGGGAUGAAAGGGAGGGAUACUCGUCUUCUUUUUUGCACCACAGGCAUUUUAUUGAGGAGAUUACUAGUUGAUAGAAAUCUGAAAGGCAUAACUCAUGUUAUUGUGGAUGAAAUCCAUGAACGAGGGAUGAAUGAGGAUUUUCUUCUCAUUGUGCUGAAAGACCUCCUUCCCCGUCGACCAGAAUUGAGGCUUAUUUUGAUGAGUGCAACCCUAAACGCUGAACUUUUCUCAUCCUACUUCGGUGGGGCUCCAAUGAUUCACAUCCCAGGUUUUACAUAUCCAGUUCGAACUCAUUUUCUGGAGAAUUUUCUGGAAGUUACUGGUUAUAGGUUGACUACAUACAAUCAGAUUGAUGAUUAUGGGCAAGAAAAGAAGUGGAGAAUGCAGAAACAGGUCCUUAGCAAAAGGAAGAGCCAAAUCUCGUCUGUUGUCGAGGAUGCACUCGAAGCUGCUGAUUUUAGGGAGUAUAGCUUGAGGACUCGUGAGUCUUUAUCCUGUUGGAAUCCAGAUUCUAUCGGUUUCAACCUCAUAGAGAAUGUUUUAUGCCACAUAUGUAGACAAGAAAGGCCUGGUGCUGUUCUGGUAUUUAUGACUGGGUGGGAUGACAUAAAUUCUCUGAAGGAGCAGCUCCAAGCUCAUCCUCUUUUGGGAGAUCCAAGUAGGGUUUUGUUGCUUGCAUGCCAUGGUUCUAUGGCCAGCUCAGAGCAGAGGUUGAUAUUUGAUAAACCUGAAAAUGGAGUGCGGAAAAUUGUGCUUGCUACCAACAUGGCUGAGACAAGCAUUACCAUCAAUGAUGUUGUUUUUGUUGUUGACUGCGGGAAGGCAAAAGAGACAUCUUAUGAUGCAUUGAACAAUACUCCUUGUUUGCUUCCUUCUUGGAUCUCUAAGGCUGCUGCUCGACAAAGAAGAGGAAGAGCUGGUCGUGUUCAACCUGGCGAGUGUUACCAUCUCUAUCCCAGAUGUGUGUAUGAUGCAUUUGCAGAUUACCAGUUGCCGGAACUUCUAAGGACACCUCUACAAUCUCUUUGCUUGCAAAUUAAGAGUCUGCAGCUUGGAAGCAUUUCAGAGUUCUUAUCUAGGGCUUUACAAUCGCCUGAACUACUGUCGGUCCAAAAUGCUGUUGAAUAUCUGAAAAUCAUUGGGGCUUUGGAUGAGAAUGAAAAUCUUACGGUUCUAGGGCGCCACUUAUCAAUGCUCCCUGUGGAACCUAAACUUGGAAAGAUGCUUAUAUUGGGGGCCAUAUUCAAUUGCCUCGAUCCUAUAUUAACAGUUGUUGCUGGUCUAAGUGUCAGAGAUCCAUUUUUAAUGCCAUUCGACAAGAAGGAUCUUGCUGAAUCUGCAAAAUCUCAAUUUUCUGCUCGAGAUUAUAGUGACCAUCUGGCUUUGGUCCGAGCCUACGACGGUUGGAAAGAUGCUGAAAGGGAGCAAUCCGGAUACGAUUAUUGCUGGAGGAAUUUUCUCUCAUCACAAACACUAAAAGCCAUUGAUUCCCUCCGAAAGCAAUUCCUUUUUUUGCUUAAAGAUACUGGUCUGGUUGAUGCCAAUUCUGGCAUGUACAAUUCAUGGAGCCAUGAUGAACACCUCAUCCGAGCCAUCAUAUGUGCCGGUCUCUAUCCUGGAAUUUCCUCAGUCGUGAAUAAGCAGAAAUCGAUAUCAUUAAAGACAAUGGAGGAUGGCCAGGUCCUUCUUUACUCUAACUCAGUCAAUGCACGGGAGCAGAAAAUUCCAUACCCAUGGCUAGUCUUCAACGAGAAGGUGAAAGUGAACUCUGUGUUUCUCCGGGAUUCAACAGCUGUAUCUGAUUCGGUACUGCUUCUAUUUGGCGGAGAGAUCUGUCAAGGGGGACUUGAUGGGCACUUGAAAAUGUUAGAUGGAUACUUGGAGUUCUUCAUGAAGCCUUCACUCUCUGAAACGUACCUAAAGCUAAAAAGAGAGCUUGAGGAACUAAUUCAACAAAAGCUUCUUGAUGCCAAAACAGACAUCCACGUCAAUGAACAGCUCCUAUCAGCGGUGCGGUUGCUUGUAUCAGAGGACCCGUGUGAAGGCAAGUUUGUCUUUGGCCGGCAGGAGCUAAAACCCUCGAAAUCACCAUUGCCACUUACAAGAAGCAGCACGGGCUCUGGGGGCGACAAUCCCAAGAGCCAUCUGCAAACGUUGCUUGUCAGAGCUGGACACGAAGCUCCAAGGUACAAGACAAAGCAGCUCAAGAACAACCAAUUCAGAGCCAUGGCUGAGUUUAAUGGGAUGCAGUUUGUCGGGCAGCCGUGUAACAGCAAAAAGCUUGCAGAGAAAGAUGCUGCAGCCGAAGCUGUGGAAUGGCUGACGGGUGAGACUACAUCAAGCCACAAAGAGGUUGACCAUACGUUGAUGCUGCUGAAAAAGAGUGGCAACAAGAAACAGCAAAGCAAGCGUAAAAUCCGAAGGUAGAAGAGAAACCAAAGCUAAAGACAAUACAUGGGAUUGAACUUAUUUUGCAAGAAUGGAUGCCACCAUUGUGGAAUUUGGCUUGAUUUACAACGUGGGCGGGACCCUUUUGGCACGGAGGUUAUAUCCAGCUCUGACAAUCCUAUUCAUCCGGUCAGAAUGUACGGCUAACGAUGAUCAAUCUCCCUUCGAGCCAUUCAUUUUCAGAGGCAGAAGAAAAUUUCCUUCUGUCAUGACCCUCAAUCAGAAAGCAUGAAUAGAAAGAUUACAUACAUAAAAAGAGAUGAGCUUCUAUGAUGAUCUAAGGCAGCAAACACCAGUCUGUAUAUUAUCAUUUGUUGUUGAGAAUCAUUAAAAAAUACCAGUGUAGGAUUUGUAACCAAGUUCCAACUUAUUUAUACCAUCUAUUCCUGAAAUGCACAUCUUUCAUC